CCGCCGGGAGUGGGGGGCGAUGGCGAAGCUCCGGGUGGCUUACGAGUACACGGAAGCCGAGGACAAGAGCAUCCGGCUCGGCUUGUUUCUCAUCAUCUCCGGCGUCGUGUCGCUCUUUAUCUUCGGUUUCUGCUGGCUCAGUCCCGCGCUGCAGGAUCUGCAAGCCACGGCGGCCAACUGCACGGUGCUGUCGGUGCAGCAGAUCGGCGAGGUGUUCGAGUGCACCUUCACCUGUGGCGCCGACUGCAGGGGCACCUCGCAGUACCCCUGCGUCCAGGUCUACGUGAACAACUCCGAGUCCAACUCCAGGGCGCUACUGCACAGCGACGAGCACCAGCUCCUGACCAACCCCAAGUGCUCCUAUAUCCCUCCCUGUAAGAGAGAAAAUCAGAAGAACUUGGAAAGUGUCAUGAAUUGGCAACAGUACUGGAAAGAUGAGAUUGGUUCCCAGCCAUUUACUUGCUAUUUUAAUCAAUUUCAAAGACCAGAUGAUGUGCUCCUGCAUCGCACGCAUGAUGAGAUUGUCCUCCUGCAUUGCUUCCUCUGGCCCCUGGUGACAUUUGUGGUGGGCGUUCUCAUUGUGGUCCUGACCAUCUGUGCCAAGAGCCUGGCAGUCAAGGCAGAAGCCAUGAAGAAGCGCAAGUUCUCUUAAAGGGGAGUCGGCUUAUGGGAAGCAAAGCACAGAAGCUGCACUCAUCUGCACACAUCUACCUGCAGAGCCUGCUUCCUGGCGCAGGAGAUGAAAGGGGCUGUGAGAGGUCUCUGAGAGGCUCCCCCUCAAUGAUAGCAGAAACAGGCACAACUGGAAGACUUGGAACCUCACAGAUUAUUUUCCAUGUGUCGUAGCGAUGGCUAAAGGGUCAAGCUGUACGGAGUAUCUGUUUCAGAAAAUCCAAUAGAAGUUAAUUUUCUUCGGGAAGUAACAGUAUAUAAUUGUACAGUGUAGAAUACAAACCAUUAUGAUUUAUGCUACUUAAAAAUAUUAAAAGAGAGUGGUCUGUGUUCUUUUCUAUUUUCUUUUUUAUGCUUAGAACACCAGGGUUUUAAAAAAGGGUCUUACGGGUUUCAUUUGAUUUUGCUAGAUUAAAAUUUUACUUGGAGACAGGAAUUCCUGCACAAGUCUUGACCUCACAAUGUAAUCCCCAGUUUCCACUAUUAAAGAGUACCUUUUGACUCCUGCUUGAAAAAGGAAAACUGCACUGUUAACUCAGACUCCAGUCACUCCUGUGACUCUUCAGCAAGGAACCCUCAAAGAUUGGGAAAACAUUCUCCACACUCGCCUUUGCCUCUGCACUGUUUUUCACCAGAUUAUUUCUUAAGAGAGGGAGAUGAUUCUGAACAAGGCCUGUCCUAGCUCUAAGAGCACUGUGCCUCUUUACUCAUCUGUUCAGGUUUUUUUUUUGAUGGAUUUUAUCUCUGUGCAGUAGAAUGUACAUGAUGUGAAGGACACUUUUCAGUUUAGUUAAAUGCUAUUUUCAUUUCUUUUUUCUUUUAGGUCAGAAAAAAAAAUAGUCAAAAUCAGUUAAACAUUUUAUUAUAUUUUCUUUGUCCUUGCUUUGAUGUUUUCAGUAUUAAAACAAAAAUAUUGCUGCAGUUGUUUCGUUUGCUUGGACACACCUGGAGAUGCAAGCCAGCUCACAUCACUCUGCUGAUGAGCUCUCUGUGCCUUUAUCAAAAGUUCAUUGAGGAGACCAUACUUCUUUGCAUCUGUUCAUUAACCCAGAUUCCAAAUAGCAAUCACAGGUCUCAGAGAAUAUCAAACCUACCCUAUUUAUUUACCAUGUGGAAUCAAACCUUUGUUUAGAUGAGAUGUACAUUUUUGGUCAAGGAAAAACUGACAACAUAAUCUCUUUUUUGCUUCUAAUAUUCUUCAGACAUGCUUCUAAAUAAUAAAGGCAAAUUGGAAUUUAAGGGCAAGCUUCCCUCAGUUAUUUGUGCAGCAUUCUAAGAAAGAUACGUAUUAGUGGAAUGAUGAUUUCCUGACUUUUAGUCCACAUACCAAUGUUUUCUUCAUUUUAGAACACAAGUAAUUGAGUGAGCCAUUGUCUUCUGUGGAAGACUAGCGUGUUGGAUGAUAUUUUUCUUCCAAUUCAAGUGUUACAGAUUUCACUGUGAAAACGGCCUUGAACACACUAUUUAUGACAUCCUUUGAGGCAGCUACAGUGCCUUGACUUCAAUCCCAGUUUUCUGUUGCAGCAUCCCUGUUGUCUUAGCAACACAGUGAACCAUUCUGAAGCACAGAGUAACACGGAACUGGGAAUCAGAGAAAGUCACCUUUGCAUCACAUUGUGAGAGAUAAAGUCUACUUUAUCCAUUUGUAUCUUAACCCAAUAAUCUGUGAUUAAGUGAUUACAGGGAGUAGAUAAAAAUAGUACAUCGACAUUUGUGUUGGUAAAAAGGGAAGGUGAUAUAUAUCGAUGAGUUUUUAUUUACCAGUUUUUUACUCAUCCAUUUAUAUUGACUAAAUGCUUCCAUUUAGGCUCAAAGAGUACACCUGAUUAUAUUCUGUAGGCUGAUUUUUUGGAAAAAAGGAGAAGCAUGCGGAAUGACUGAGGUCACAUAUAGUUUUAAGGUCUUCCUUGCUUGUAGCCAGUUAAAUUUGAGGUUCUUUAUUAUACUCACCAUUAAAGAUAGAAUUUGAAGGAACAAGAAGACAUUU